CUCCCCCCACAUUCAUCCCGCUGCCCCUCGUUGGGACAGAGAGCUCUUAUAAGAGAGCUCUGCUCGCCAGUCUUUCCCUACAGCUUUUGGAUUCUUCUCUUCUCAGACACUUUCAUCUGCAUCUCAACCAUUCAGUUCCAGUCCUGACCAAUUUUCACCCCUUGCUUCAGCUUCUCUGCGAUCAAAAUCCCAAACAUAUCCGGUACGAACUUGUAUACCGCAAAAAUCAUGGAGCAUAUCACGUUGGGUAUCAGAUGGUCAAGGUAUUUUGCAAAAGAUUGCAUGCCGGGUGUUCGUCUUGUCCCGUGUUGUCUUUGGUUGUCCUCCCUGGCUACAACUCUGUAUCCCAGUCGAGGCUCAACCGGAGUAGCAUGACGAGACAAGGUCGAUCUGAGAAAUACCGGAGAACUUGAUCUGGAUAAUACCAGCGAAAGGACAUGCUUUUGAUUCCCCUCCCCAGGCACUCCCAUGUGCUCGGGGUCGCGAGUGUACUGACUCAAUACAGACCAUCGUCACUCGACUUCCAUCAUGUCGACCGAUAAGAUUACCUUUCUCACCAACUGGCACGCCACCCCUUACCAUGCCCCUCUGUACUUGGCUCAAGCCAAAGGCUUCUUCGCCGAACAAGGCAUCAAAGUUGCUCUCCUAGAGCCCAAUGAUCCCAGUGACGUCACCGAAAUCAUCGGUACCGGCAAGGUCGACCUCGGAUUCAAAGCCAUGAUUCACACCCUUGCUGCCAAAGCCCGUGACUUUCCAGUUCUAUCCAUUGGAAGUCUCCUCGAUGAGCCCUUUACUGGUGUCGUCUACCUGAAAGAGUCUGGCAUCACUCCCGACUUUACCACGCUCAAGGGCAAACGUAUCGGCUACGUUGGAGAGUUUGGAAAGAUCCAGAUCGACGAGCUGACCAGCCACUACGGCAUGCAACCCUCUGACUACACCGCUGUCCGAUGUGGCAUGAACGUGUCCAAGGCCAUCAUCAAGGGCGAGAUUGACGCCGGCAUCGGACUAGAGAACGUCCAGAUGGUGGAACUUGAAGAGUGGCUCACAGCACAAGGCCGCCCCAAGACCGACGUGCAGAUGCUACGAAUCGAUGAACUGGCUGAGCUCGGCUGCUGCUGCUUCUGCUCCAUCCUGUACAUUGGCAAUGAGAAGUUCAUCUCAGAGAAUCCCGACAAGGUCAAGGCUUUCCUGCGCGCAGUCAAGAAAGCAACCGACUAUGUCCUGACCUCGCCCGAGGAGGCCUGGGCAGAGUAUGUCGACUUCAAACCCGUUAUGGGCACCCCACUCAACCGCAAGAUCUUCGAGCGCAGCUAUGCCUACUUCUCUCAUGACCUCAAGAACGUUGCUCGAGACUGGACCAAGGUCACCAACUAUGGAAAGCGCCUCGGUGUAUUGGACGCUUCUUUCAAGCCAAACUAUACCAACGAAUUCCUCGAGUGGACUUUUGACCCUGAUUCCAAGGAUCCCCUCCAAGAUCAAAAGAUGAUGGCACAGCUGCAAAAGGAUGUCGCUGCUCAUGGUGGUUUCCAGCGUCUGGGUCAAUGCCAGAUCAAGGUCGUCACUUAAAUGGAGUGGCUUUGACGUCUCUAUCGGCACUUGUCUCCCAUUUCUAUCUAUUGGUUAGAGGCAUGUGGCCACUGUGUUUAAUUUGACUGAAUACGCUCCUUUAUAUUACUAUAGUGGCAGACCACAAUUUAUAUUGGCCGUAAAGAUGGCACUUUACUCUCAUAA